GCAAACUUGCCAGAAAGUUUAAAAUCUCUCCUCCUUCUUUCACUCCAGACACUGCCUGCUCGCCGGGGUUUCCGCGCUGCUCCCCGCCGCCUUUCAAAAAGACUGGAAAAGAGGAGACGUGCGCCACGUCCGAGCAGCCGCCUUUACUGGGGGAGGUCUUGCAGCCCACCCUUGCCACUGCCUGGUGGGGACUGAGAUUCCCGCGCUCGGCCCGCCUCUUGGCUGGAUGAGUUCUCCCUCCCUCACGUGAUUUGAGCCCCGUUUUUAUUUUCUCCAAGCCACGUCCUCCCCGACUGGGGACAAUCCGGCACAGAGAGCUAUGCGCCCCGCUUGGACCGCGCUCUUGCUCGGCCCGCUGCAACUCUGCGCUCUUGUGCGCUGCGCCCCGCCGGCCACCGGCCAGCAGCAGCCCCAGCGCGACCCACCCGCGGCUCCGGGCGCCUGGCGUCAGAGGAUCCAAUGGGAGAACAACGGGCAGGUGUUCAGCCUGCUGAGCCUGGGUGCUCAGUACCAGCCGCAGCGCCGCCGGGACCCCAGCGCCGCAGCUUCUGCAGGCGCCAGCGCCGCCGCAGAGCAGCCCCGCACGCCAAUCCUGCUGCUCCGCGACAACCGCACGGCUCCCGCGCGGACGCGCGCUGCCGGCUCUUCUGGAGUCACUGCGGGCCGCCACAGGCCCGCCGCCCGCCACUGGUUCCAAGCAGGCUACUCGCCGUCCGGGCCCCGCGGCGCUGGUGGCUCUCCCAGAGACAACCAGACGGCGUCCGCAGAGCCCCCGGCCCUCAGUAACUUGCGGCCUCCCAGCCGCGUGGACGGCAUGGUGGGAGACGACCCUUACAACCCCUAUAAGUAUACCGACGACAACCCUUAUUACAACUACUACGACACGUAUGAGAGACCCCGGCCUGGAAGCAGGUACCGGCCCGGAUAUGGCACCGGUUACUUUCAGUACGGUCUCCCGGACCUGGUGCCUGACCCUUACUACAUCCAGGCAUCCACGUACGUGCAGAAGAUGGCCAUGUACAACUUGAGAUGCGCCGCCGAGGAAAACUGUCUGGCCAGUACAGCAUACCGGGGAGAUGUCAGAGAUUAUGAUCAUAGGGUGCUGCUAAGAUUUCCCCAAAGAGUGAAAAACCAAGGGACAUCAGAUUUCUUACCAAGCCGACCAAGAUAUUCCUGGGAAUGGCACAGCUGUCACCAACAUUACCACAGCAUGGAUGAAUUCAGCCACUACGACCUGCUCGAUGCCAGCACCCAGACGAGAGUGGCUGAAGGCCACAAAGCGAGCUUCUGUCUGGAGGACACCUCCUGUGACUAUGGCUACCACAGGCGGUUUGCCUGUACUGCACACACACAGGGGUUGAGUCCUGGCUGUUAUGAUACCUAUAAUGCAGACAUAGACUGCCAGUGGAUUGAUAUUACAGAUGUAAAACCCGGAAACUACAUUCUAAAGGUCAGUGUGAACCCCAGCUAUCUGGUGCCUGAGUCGGACUAUUCCAACAAUGUUGUGCGAUGUGAAGUUCGCUACACAGGACAUCAUGCGUAUGCCUCAGGCUGCACAAUUUCACCGUAUUAGAAAACAAGCCAAAACUCCCAAUGGAUGAAUCAGUGCCUGUUGUUCUGAAGUGGGAAAGAAAAAAUAGAUUAAUUUCAGUAGGAUUUGUGUAUUUUGAAAAAGAGUACAGAAAACAACAAAGGAAUGUUUGUUUGGACUGUCUUAUAACAAAGCACAUAACUGGAUUUUGAACAUUUAAAUCGGCACUAUUUGGGAAAUUUUUUAUACUUAUUACACUACUUCAUAAAUUAGCUAAGGUUUCAUUCUAAUUGGCUCAUGAGGGACAAAAUCUGAUUUCUUGUGCUCCUUUCGAAUUUACAGUGCAAAAGAGAAAAUAAGAUUUAUUGAAUGAGCCAAAAUUACUUUGAAUUGAAAACUGUCUAAAGUGCUGAAACUUCAGUGAAACAUAAUAAUAACUUCAGUGAAACACAACAAUAAUAAUAAUAAUCAUAAUAUGUCUUAGCAUAGAUUAAUUUAGAAAUGAGGCUCCUACUGUUUAAACAUACAUGGACGCAUUUGGUGCUGAGGAACAAACAUUUUCAUUGGUGUCAAGAAAUAUUACUAUAUAGCAGAGAAAUGGCAAUACAUGUAUUCAGAUAGUUACAUCUCUAUAUAAAAUUUGUUUACAUUUUAAAUUACUAGAUAAAUUCCUUUCUGUCUGUCAAAGGCACAACUUCAUUCUAACUAAAGCCAGUUUUUGUUUUGGAAUGAGUUAAGUAAUUGAGCUGCCUGAUUUCUGUCUGACAUUUAUAGCUCUUCCCCUCUACUCUUAUUUUUCAUUAAGGCAGAGACAUUUCAAGUGUCAUUCUUAAAGUCAUCAUUCUGGGGGCUAGUGCAUAUAGGACAACUGUGUAAAUGAGAAGUCAUCCUGAUGACAGAUUUGACAUAUCUAUAUCAGUAUAUUUAAGCAUAUUCAAGUAUUAACCAAAAAGAAAUUUCCUUGCUGAUAUAAAAAUCAUACAAACGAGUCCCCAAACCACAACUGUAUCACAAAUAUUUUUUAAAAAAAUGUAAAACAUCUUAGUAUUUUCAACUUCAUUUUUUUAAUGUUCAGGUAUUAAGAAGAGGAAUGCUAAAGAAUUUUAAAUUAUCUGGAAUACAUGAGCUAAUAUAUUGUGUAAUACAGGAACAUCAUCCUAGAUCAUUCAGGAAUCAAUCAUACAUGCUUUGUGAAAUAUAGUCCAAUUAGCAAAGCACAUAGCUUUACAUACUUGAGAGUUGGUGAGUACAGGAGAAAAAUACUUUCUGCAAAGCCAAGGACUGUGCUGCAUAAUGAGACAGCUGUGAUUUUACUUGAAACUGUGAAAUCAUGUACCACAACAGAAUUUGGAGAGUUUCUCUUUUUCCUGAAAUUCAAAAGAUGCAGAAAGAAAUCAAAUUACUUUUAAGUUAGUGGUGCUUACGCAAAAAUUUUCAUUCAUUAACAGCAUUAGAAUCUCAAGUAAGGGCUUUCCAGUGUCAGAACAAGUUAGGUAGAAUUUUAAAAGUGAGUUGGCAUCCCUGUAUUGUAGAUCAUAGAGUUGGAUCAUCAACACUAAUUACUAAUAAUCAUUCAGCACUUGCUAGGUGUGUAGUGCAGUAAGAGGAACAGGAAAUGGACAGUCAUCAAGGGUAGGCACAGUGGUGAACCUGAUCCAAUCCGCCAGGACACACACUUAACCAAUAGACAACACAGCUUGAUAGAGACCCAGAACUUUUGUUGAACCAGGAUCUGAGCUAUGGAGUAACUUCUUUUGUGUACCUCUUUGCCUUAAAUUGCUUUUAGUUGUAAGAUUGUGGAAUGAUCCUUACAACUGUAAUCUUUUCUAAUAGAGAUAUUUUAAUAUACUUGCUUUUUUAUUUUUAACAAAAAAACAAAAACUACUGUCAGUAUUAAUACUGAGCCAGACUGGCAUCUACAGACUUGGGAAACAUUGUUUCAUUAAGAAUAUUGCCCCUGUAUUAAAACUAACUAAUAUCAUGGCUUCUGGAUACACAUAAGGGACACAUUUAUAAUCACUCAUUGGGCUUUCCAUCUGUCUUUCCAUCCAUCAUCAUUUAAGGGCCUAAUAUAUGCCAGGCACUCAUGUGCUAGCCAUUGGGACAUAAAAAAGACUGUCUUUAAUAUUAAUAAGCAUUAAAAAUGUCAUCAUUAUCUAUUAGGUUCAUUUUAUUUUUAACAACAAGUGUAUAUCUAUAAAAUUUCAAUUUUAAGCACUAUUUUUUCAUGACCAUGUUUUAUUUGAAAAAUCAGUUAAAAAUUAAUUGGAAUUUAUUUACAAUCCUUGAUAUCUCUGCCUUUUAAAUAUAAUGUGCUGUUUUUGAUUUUGAAAAUAAAAUUCAGUGAGGAAGCUAAACUUUCUCCCUUAUUCCUUUAAAACAUUACUUUAUUCCACCCAUCACCCCUCUAACACUUCCAAACAACUUACUAGUAUUGAUUUAGCACCCAAUAUUUGUGAAACUUCAAAGUUAUUAUUUGAAUAACCACCAAAACCUAUCAAAAAUGUUAACUGGGAAAGGUCAUCAAAUAAUAAAAUAAAGAAUAUAAUCAUCCAGUCUUACCAAACUCUAAACAAGGUUUUUUUUAAAAAAGGAAAUAGAUGAUACAAAAAAUGUUGAGUACUUUGAAAAGACUGGCUUUUAAACAAAUAAAGUCUGUGGGAAAAUGGAGUAAACAGGAAAAAUAAUUUUGUGAACCUUUCAUAUGCUGUUAGUAGUCUCAUAAUUAUUCAGACCACAGUCUGGACUAAAAAUUUCUUGACCUUUAAGGCUAGGAUUCAGUCUCUGAACAGUACCUAAUGUAUAUUAAUUCAUGACUUGCCUAUCUCUAGAAAAAUCAUAUUUUUAUAUAAGAAUUUUAUUUAAAAUUUCUACCAUCUAAUUAUUCACUUGGCAUUAUUUGUAAUAAUAACAUUUUUUUUCUUCGAAACCUCAUAGGACAGUCACACUCAUAAACAUUCCCAAUAUUCAGAUUCCAGAGGAAAUGCAGGUUACGAAAAUUAUCAGAUAUCACUGAGAGUUAAUCUUUAGCAGAUUGCAUGAAAAUCUUGAAUUCCUGAUUAGGAGACAUUUUGUUUAAAAAUGACUUUAUAUUUGUUUUAAUUUUAACAAUAUGGUAACUGAUAUCUAAAAAUUAACUUUUCCCUGUAUUUUUGUGUUUCAAAUUCAUAUUUGCAAUCAAUAUAUCAGGAAACAAAUUAAGCUUCAUUCCUAGCUACCAAAAGUCCUAGGUCACUUUUGAACAAUUAAAGCAUUUCAUUUAUCCUUCAAGUUAAAAUGGUGCUGAAUUAUUUCAACUUGAAUGUAAAAUGUGUUGUCUUAGCUAAUAGGAUAUAAACAUUCAAUUGAUAUAUAACUGCUUGAUACAAACUAAGUGACAUGUUAUUUGAUAUUGUAAUGCUUUAAUGAAGAUUUAAUUUCUUCCACAUUUUUUAGGGAUCCUGUUUUUAAAACAUUUGUAACUCUUGUGAAGCACUCAUUUUCAAUGUCCAGACAUAGGCUUUAUAUUCUUUGCACUAUCACUCUCAUAUUCUUUUUAAAUAUGUGCCUAUACUAUGAUUGCAAGAUUAUACAAAAAUGCCUUGAAUAAAAGAUUUCAAGUGUC